AUGACGUCCGAUACUGAAACAAUCAGUCAUCUACAAUGGCGUAUACAACGCUUAGAAGAUUUUAUUGGAAAAUCAAAUAAAACAAAAAUUGUUGAGACAAUUAAUAAAUUAAAUGAACAGGUUUUCGAACAUGCAAAUAAUAGUCUUACUGCAAGAAAAUUAGUGAAGAGAGUUGACGAAAUCAAUCGUCUAACAAAUUCAAAUUUCCAACAUUAUCUCAUGGAAAAUCGAUCAACAAAACUUGAACUUAUUCUUGCUGAUGAACAACGUAUACGUAAUGUAACAAAAAAUCUUACUAAAAUCGAUACAUUAGCACAAGUUUUGAAUGGAGAAUGUUUUCAAGAAGUACCAAAAUUAUUUUCAGCAUUGAAUAAAUUAUUAAUCACACAUGAUAAUAUUAAGAAUCAAUAUGGUGAAUAUACUCAAGAAAUAAGUGCAUUUUUACAAGAUUAUGCUGCAUUUACUUUAUUAAUGGAUGAAAAUCUUCAACAAUAUAAAUCAAUUUUAAAUAAAACUGAACAAAAAUUAACAAUUAUAAAAGAUGAUCCGGUUGAAUAA